AUGCUGUCUCACGGUCGGCGCUGGCUCCCCGCCGUCGCACUCGUCUCCUUCUUCAGCAGCCUCGCCGCCGCAUUGAGCGGCCAGGAGCCUCUGGGCGGCCUCGACAAGCAACGAGGAUACAACCCCGGCGAGCCAAUUCCAGUCAGCUGUCUGAAUCGAACAAUAGAGACUGGUGAACAUAUCACCGAUGCCGCCGGCCACUUACAAUACAUACCGUUUCCGGUCUGCAACGAAACGGGGCGCCCGCUCGAACUCUUCUUUGGGCUGGAGAAAGACGUAAACUGCACCAUUGACUUUGUGACGGACGAGUUCUUCCACCUCCUCGAAUUCUACAUCCACAACGACGCCCCGCUCUCGUGCCGCAUCCCCUCGAAGCCGCUGCCGCCGUCAGUGCUCGAAUCGCAAUACCUGGUGUCGGACGCGUCGACGCAGGAAGGCGCACUGGGCUCGCAAUCGACGUCGUACACGCCGCUGGUGGUGGCGCUGGCGGGCACGCUGCAGCUGUCGCAUUUGCACGUGGGAAACUAUGUCAAUCUGCUGGUGCACGCGGCGCCCAAAUCCGUGAGCCCGGGCACGGUGGAUGCGGCUACGGCGUAUAGUGUGAGUAGCCACUCGCGCAAUACCAAGAUUACGAUUGGCGAUAGCCUGCCGUUGGUGUUUGCUGUGCGCUGGUAUCCGAGUACUACGUUGCCGCCGGGCUGGAGUGGCUAUGGAGGCCACAUUUAUACGAGCACACUCGUGUAUUGCUUUCUAAGCGCCGUGGCGAGCGCGGCGGUUUGCGUCGUGUAUUUCCGGGGUGUCGAGUUGCCCAGGCGGUUGAAGAGGUAUGCCACCGAUCGGAUGAAUGGAGGGGGCCGAGUCUUUAGCAAUGGCGGAAGUGGCUAUGGGCUGCCUGUUAGCAACGGCAGGGGAGGCAUGGGCAGUGAAUAUGGCCUGGGAGGUUACGGAUACGGCGGAGGUGGGAAGAGAGCCGACUAA